GACCUACCCCCGCCCGCACGAGUACCUGGACGUGUCCGCUCUACCCGAGAGCUGGGACUGGAGGAACGUGAACGGCAUCAAUUACGCCAGCACGACGCGGAACCAGCACAUCCCCCAGUACUGCGGGUCCUGCUGGGCCCACGGCAGCACCAGCGCUUUAGCAGAUCGUAUCAAUAUAAAGAGAAAAGGUGCGUGGCCUUCUGCCUACCUCUCUGUUCAGAAUGUGAUUGAUUGUGCUGAUGCGGGAUCCUGUGAAGGUGGAGACCACUCAGGUGUUUGGAUGUAUGCCCAUGACCAUGGCAUUCCAGAUGAGACCUGCAACAACUACCAAGCUAAGGAUCAAAAAUGUAAGAAGUUUAACCAGUGUGGAACUUGUGUCACUUUUGGAGAAUGCCAUGUGAUAAAGAACUACACUCUCUGGAAAGUUGCUGACUAUGGGUCUGUCAGUGGAAGAGAAAAAAUGAUGGCAGAAAUCUAUACUAAUGGACCAAUUAGCUGUGGCAUAAUGGCUACUGAAAAGUUGGAUGCUUACACUGGUGGACUUUAUACAGAAUACAACCCCUCGCCGGAGGUGAAUCACAUUGUAUCUGUGGCUGGCUGGGGUGUAGAAAAUGGAACAGAAUACUGGAUUGUUCGUAACUCAUGGGGUGAACCCUGGGGUGAAAGAGGGUGGCUGAGAAUUGUGACAAGCGCGUAUAAAGGUGGAAGAGGAGCAGAGUACAAUCUUGCUAUUGAAGAGGACUGUGCAUAUGGAGAUGUUGUACUUCCUUGAUUGUAUAUUGUACAUUUUGCUGUUUAGGAGCUACUUUGUUUGGAAGCUUACCAGCACAACCUUCUUCUGUUUAAAGAAUAGCAGUCUAAAUUCUUUCACAGUUCAACACCAUCAGGUAGUUCUGCAAAAUUAGCCCAGAUAGCAACACACAGUGUCGUCAAAGUAAAAUAAAUACAGAGCUACCUUUAGAUAAAUUAUAACUUAAAGUAAUUUAUG